AAAUGGAGCUCAUCUUAUUUAUGAGAUCUCUUCCACUAUUCAAGGGGUGGACUCUAACAGCCUUAAACAAGUUAUUGAAUCAUGUAGAAAUCCUCAACUUCAUCAACAAGCAAACCAUAAUUUCCGAAGGUGACAAGGCCAAUCACUUCUAUAUUGUGUUUGAAGGAGAAGUUGAGCUUACAAAAUAAGAUCGUUCAUAAAAAACAGAAGGAGAUCGACGCUCAGCAAUACAAAAUGGAGCCAAAGGAGCAGAACUUUAAGGCACUAUACCAUUCUAUGAAGCGGAGGGAGUCAGAAAUAGUCACUUCCUCGAAAACUAUCAGUAUUAGGUACCUUAGAGUCGGCAAAUUAUUCGGAGUUGAAGACUUUUUGUCUCCUAGCCAAGAUAGGGCAUUCUCUUAUUCGGCAGUUGUGAAAAGUUUGGAUUGCAAAGUUCUCAUGUUCCAUCGAGACUCGGCUCUACAGAAGCUUAAAAUCCAUGAUCAUACAUGGAAAAUGCUUAUGGUUUAUAGACACAAUAAGGUCCAGAUCAUGAAGUCUGAAAAAUAGGAUGAAUGAUGUUUAUGAAGAUAUUGAUAAAAAUCUCCAUCAGUCAGAUCUUAAGGACAGGAAAAGAAUCAAGAAUCAAAUGAAAGAAAAUGUAUUUGUCAGAAAUAACCUCUAUGAUGAACGGGAUGGUCUUAUGGAUCUCAUUUAUGCCCAAUUCGGCACAGCCAAACAAAUCAGAGAGCACCUCUACCCCUCCAAUAAGACCCAAGUGACUGAAGAAAUGGUGGAGAAGUUUAUAAAGAAAUAUUCCAAAUGGCUUGAGACAAAGAUCGGCAAGUCAGAAAAAAUAGAUAAAUACAUAAAUAAAGACGUUAUAAUUAACUUAUUAAACCAAGAAAUUAGUAAAUAAUAAACAUAAGAGAAACUCAGCAGAUUUUUCUGCUCCUGAGGAGCUCAAAUCAAAGAAGAGGCCAGGCACUUAUAGUAAGACUAAUAUGAGGCACUCUAGAGCUUCUAAGAAUGUUUCAGAAACUAAUAAUAGUCUCUCUACCCCAAGCAGAGGGAAUUUAUAUACAAAUUCAAGGAUUGAGAAAGCAUUUGAGCAAAAGCGCAAAUCAGAAAUCAUGCCAGGGAUUGCAAGAAUGAGAACUAAAUCUAUGAAAAGAGAAACCCUCUUCAUGCCAAAGACUCCAUAUGAGGGUAUAAUAGGGAAUACUGGACUAAUGCAGCCUUCCAAGUUUACUGGUUAUAAAGAGAAGGGGAUAAAGACAUGAGAAAAUAGUGUAUUAUCAUCCUGCAAUAGCAAGGAUCAAACUCAAGGAUUCAUUACGAAAACAAAUCUAAUAGGUUUAUAUAAAACACCAAACCACAAUCUGAAAAGGGAUAAAAGACUAAGUUCUAUAUUUUCUUCUCCUCAGGCAAGUACGAUUGCUUCUAAAAUGAACCCAAGAGCUCUAUUCAAACUUAAGAAAAUGACUAGAUUCGCACAUCUAUAAAUUUCUUCAUAAAGAUAAUUCCAAGUGAAAUAGUUCAAUA